UCGAUUUAGGUUUGUCAGAACAGUCGGAGUGCGAAGUGGUCCAGGCUCCGGACACGAUUUGCAGGCGACGAGAUUUCCCUCGCGCCGAGACUCAAAUUCGGAAGAAGGCGAGGACGGUGAUUCCACUCCUUGCACGCGAGUGUGCGAGUAUUUCAUGUGUCUAGUGAAAAUUCUUGCUGCUUCGAGCCGAGCAUAAAGCUGUGGAUGGAAGUGUUUGAUAGGCACGGUCCGGUGUUCGAUAGAUCUCAAGAGCAGGCAAGCUGAUGAUCUGGAAACAGUACAGGGUGGAUGAUCGUGUGCACGAGAUUUUUGUUCAUUUUGUCCGUCGCAGUCUUCGAAAAUUGUAAUCAUUUCUCCUCAGACCGUCAUCUUCAGCUGUUGCCGCCUUUCCACAGAAUGAUGAAUGAGGAUGAAACAAUAUGCUGGUCGCUUUGAGGACCACUUCAUGUCCUUCGAUUAAGGAAUCACAUCAAGAAUGAUUCAUCAAAAAAAUCUUCUUCAGUAAACUGCAGUAGCCUGCGCCAUAGAGAUGGUGGCCGACGGCAAGAAGUUGUUGGUUUUGGAUAUUAACGGGUUGCUCAUAGAUACUUACUUUCAAAGCGAGCAACUUCCGGAUCGUCCUCAUGACGCGAAAAUCAAUAGGUUCUACGUUUACAAGAGAACUGGCUGCGAGGAGUUUGUGCAGUACUGCCUCGACAACUUCGUCGUUGGCGUAUGGUCAUCAGCGCGCGAACACAAUGUGAUGUCUCUUGUGGAGUACACGUUCAAAGAAGCUAAGGACAAGCUGGCCUUUAUUUGGCAUCAGACUCACUGUACGGACACGAAGUUGAAGCAUCCAGAAAAUAAAUACAAGCCUGUUUUUUUGAAAGAAUUGUCAAAAUUAUGGGAUAAAACUGAGCCGGACCUUCCCUGGGAGAGAGGAGAUUUCGGCCCCUCAAAUACAGUUCUUAUCGAUGAUUCACCUUACAAGGCUCUCAAGAAUCCGCCACACACAGGAAUUUUUCCGGCAACUUACAAAGCGACUUGUUCAGAAGACAAUUAUCUUGCUGGGGAGCUGUGCAAUUACUUAAAAGGUCUUGUUGCCUCUGCGAAUGUCCAAGUGUAUCUUCAAAAGCAUCCUAUCGGCAUGCCAAGCCUCGAUCACGGAGAUGAACAUUAUUUGUUUUUCAGCUCGGUUAAAGACAGAACCGAGAUUCCUGCCUCUCCCGGGCAACCUCCUGCCUCCCCCAAGCAGGAAGAGAAAGUGGUUGCAGUAGCCAACAGUGUGAGCUUAACUAAACCUGACUCCGAUGUCUGCGCCAGUCCCCAGCGGAAGAGAUCUAGGACGAAAUUUGGAAGCACAGUAGAGGAAAGCUUAGAGUACCGUGUCGGCGAGCAUGGAGGAUCUCCUCGUGACUUUGCCGAGAGAUUGAGCAGAGUUGUAGACACGUCUCAAAAUGCUACAUGUGAGAGAGAUCCCCUCUCUUUUGAUGGUACCAAUGGUCCUAAUAUCGAUGGAACACUGGGCAGACCACCUAGCCAUGGGGAUUCACGUAAAUUCGAUCCCAGGGAGUCUUCCCAUGAUAGGGAUAGGGCUCGUGGUAGAUUACCUCCCAAUCGUGACGGACAGUUUUACGUGCAGUCCCAGCGGAGUAAUUAUGCUGAUUCCAGGCAAGCUCCACCCAGUGGAAGGCGCACGUCAGUUAUUCCUGCGGACGGGCAGUGGAGUAAAGGCGGCUUUGAUUCUCAUAAAAUCUAUAAUCAUUGUACCGAUGGCGGCAACCAGUGGUUCAACAGAGGCCCUGAUCCACAACAGCAGAAUCGAGGACAGCUUGGUGUAAUGGAUUCUGUUAUGUUGAACAGAUGGGGAGGUCAUGGAGAGUGGCAAAGCCGUGAGCGGGAAUUGGAUCAUCAAAACAUCCAAGUCAAAUAUCGGGGCCCUGUUGAUAAUCGGCCUAGCACGGGACGACCUUGGCAUUCUCCUGUGCCUCAUGUGGAUUAUAGUUCCAGAACUCGGGUACCUGGAGCAGGCAUGAGCCACCUUGAGGAUAAGAGAGGAUGGUCAAGAGAUAGUAGGUGUUCUUACAGAGGUGGAAGCCCUUACACUGGAAGGCUAAGAGAAAGAGAGCUUUUACCAAAGGAUAAAAGCAUUCUUAAAGGAAGAUUACGGGGCGGAGAACAUGUUUACAGAGAUAUCUCUAGGGACCCCGAAUUUCCUCACACGCCUGGGUCCAGGCCUUUUGACAAUGCUUACAAUGUCGGGAGUAGGGAACAUGAGAUCACCCACAGAAUAGGUGCAAGGGAUCACGAAGACUUCGACAGGUCCUACUCCCGGGCACCUCUGUCACAUUAUGAUGGGUAUACCCGAGGUAGGAAACGGCAGGUUGAAGACUGGAACUCAAUUCCCGAGAAGAAUCCUCAUGGUCAUGAUUCUAACAGAGUCAGAGGUAGGUCCCGCCACCACGAAGGUAUGGAGCGGAGUUUCAGGACACCUUUACAAGUCCAUGACAGUCGAGUUGAAGGUAGUUCAAAUGAUGCUUCAUUUGGUGACUAUGGCAACUACAGGCACAUGAACAAGGUGCCGGAAGCAUAUGACGAACGGAGCGAGGAGAACAAUGCAAGAAGUAAGUCCAGGAAUUGGAGAGAUAUGGACAAGGGUCACUGUGGACCCUCAGGUUCGUAUGGAAGGAGAGGUGAUGACAUUGGCGGCAGAAAUGUACGGUCAUCCAGUCGAAACCAUGAUCAUGCGCACAGCAGAGGUAGACACUGGAACACCUGGAGAAAUGACCAGUAAGCUCCAAGACCAUUAAGCUCAAACGGUUCUCAGCCAAAAAGUAAUGCAUAAUGGAGACACAGGUCUGUAUAUGUAAUCUUCUGUUGUACGUUCUUGUAGCAACAUCCUGGUCUGAAUUGGAGGAAAGACGGAACUGUGCUGGAGCAGAUCGUUUUAGCAGUUCGUGCGCUGGUCGUCCUUUCCAUAUUUUGGAAUUCACGCUAUAAAGUAUUGUGCAUGAUCUUUUCAGGCAAGUAUUCCACGCCCACAGAUUGGCCGUGAAAGAGAGCUCUUGAAGCUACGGAGGAUAUACUCUUACGUUAGCCACAAUUCCUCGACAUUAUAAAUACCCACAGUUUCUGCACAUGAAUUCUGAAGGAGUUUUCACUCUAAAUCUUUGGUAAUAUCACUACUAAUGGCCCAGAAGCGU